AUGGGACGCAGCUCGCUGGAAUGGGACACACUGGAGUACGAAUUGCAGCCGUGGGUGCGCUCGGCAAUCGAGACGCUCGGGUUCGAUAAGAUGACGCCCGUGCAGGCGUCGACGAUCCCGCUGUUCGCGGGGAACAAAGACGUUGUUGUUGAUGCGGAGACUGGGUCCGGUAAGACCGUCGCCUUUGUGGUGCCCAUCCUCGAGAAAAUCGUUCAGGAACAAGCAUUCCGUCUCAAGAGGGGCCACUUCCACUCGUUGAUCCUCACGCCGACAAGAGAAUUGGCAAAACAGAUCGAAACCGUGGUCCAGUCGUUUCUAGUACACUAUACCGAAGGAACACAGCAACCCAUUGGCUGCCAGUUGCUUGUGGGGACUAACGAACACAGUAUCAGGGACGACGUCAACGCGCUGUGCGAGAACAGGCCUCAGUUGCUCAUUGGUACUCCGGGGAGAGUGCUGGACCUGUUGCAGUCGCCCAAAGUGAAGACACAAUCCUGCUCCCUUGUGGUGCUCGACGAGGCGGACAGAUUGCUGGAUGCAAGUUUCGUGGGGGACAUCGAGAAAAUCCUCAAAGUACUACCAAAACAACGUAGAACUGGACUCUUCUCAGCGACUAUCUCCGCGGCUGGGGACACGAUCUUCAAAACAGGGCUAAGGAACCCAGUCAAGAUUAAAGUUAACGGCCGCGCAAUCAGUGCCGCUCCAGAGUCCCUCUCGAUCAACUACUGCACGGUCAAACCACAACUCAAAUUGCAACUGCUCAUCUCGCUGAUCAACAGGUUCAAGUUCAAGAAAUGUAUAGUGUACUUCCCGACUUGCAUCUCUGUCACCUUCUUUUACAGCUUCAUGAAUCACUUGCUCUCUAGGGGGGACAUCACACAAGACGUGAAACUGUUCUCCCUCCAUGGGAAACUGCAAACGAGUUCAAGGAUUAAGACACUCGACGCAUUUGCGUCACAUUUGGGGAGCGCGGUACUACUGACCACAGACGUUGCGGCCCGAGGGAUCGAUAUCCCGGACGUCGAACUCGUAGUGCAGCUCGACCCACCAACUGACACAGACCUCUUCUUACACAGAUGCGGUAGGACAGGAAGGGCCAACAGGAUUGGUAAAGCCGUCACGUUCCUCAACGAGGGCCGUGAGGAGGAUUUCGUAGGGUUCAUGGCCGUCAAGAACGUCGUGAUAGAGGAGGACGUCUCCCUGCAGGACCCGGAGAUAGAGGGACAAGCGCAGCAGUUCUACAAUACGUUUCUGCAGUGGAUCCUCGAGGACAGAGACAGAUUCGACUACGCGGUCAAGUCGUACGUCGCGUUCAUUAGGUACUACUCGAAACACGCGGCACACUCGAUCUUCAGACUGCAGAACUUCGAUUUCGUCGGACUUGCAAAGAUGUACGGCCUGUUCAGACUGCCCAGGAUGCCGGAAAUCACAAAGAAUCUGGCAAAUAAAGAGGAGGUCACCUUUGGUGACGGGUGGCUCAUGGAUCCACCACCUGUGGAUAUGGACACGUUCGCGUACAGGGACGCGAAGUUAGAACAGAAGAGAUUGGAGGAGUUGAAGAACCUUGCCAAAAUCAACGACAAGAAGAAGCUCAAAUUCGAACUUAAGAAGAAGAACGUUGCCUGGUCCAACAAAACGGACACGAAGGAGACCAAACAGGAGCGCAGGGAGAAAAUGUCCCGCAAGAGGAAAGCUAUCGAGGAGGAGUUGGCAAGACAGGGCUCUACAAGUGACAAAGACGACGACGACGAGAUCGACAAAGACUGGAAGGAGACGAUUUUGAAGAGGAAGAAGGGAGACCAGGGCAAGUCGAACGUGCAGGGGAGUUUCGACGACUUAUGA